AUGAAGAGUCUCAUACUAAUACUCGCUCUCGCUACCGUAACUUUGGCUUCUGCGACAUCAACUUUGCUACAAAGUAGAUCUAUAAUCAUGAAUACUCGGCUACAAAGUGUAUCUAACAUCACGAAAGUCGGCACCUGUGGGGUUGGAUAUUAUGGAUGUGCAGACAAGCUAGGCGACUGUUGUGCCAUAGGCACGAAAUGCUGCACGACCAGCUGCUGUUUAAACGGCGGAGGUGGAUGCUGUCCCAAUGGCAAGACGUGUACGCCUGUCAAUUGUACCCUUUCGUCUACCACUACCCUGCCUCCCCCUUCGUCUACCCCUCCUCCAUCUACCACUAGUACUAGCAGUAGUGGUACAAGCAGUACUAUUAGUGGUGGUGGUACCACCAUCAUUAUAAACAGUUCGUCCAGUACUUUUAAAGCUCAAACUCAGGUGCAAUUAUUCACCAAGUUUUUGGCAAUAACCACCAUCCUAAUUCAUCUUGUUGUUCACAUGUAA